AUGCCACUGGUUAGCGGCCAAUGGAGGCCGCCAGCUUUUGGUGGAAUCUUUCUUGCCUUAGACUGUGUGGAGCCGACUGCUGCUUGCUUGUCGCUGGGAAGCAUUGUUCGCUACCAUCGCCGGCAAACCUGCAAGGGCUCCGAAUUCGCCCUCUAUACUAGUAGGUCGAGUAAAGCGUGCAUGACACCACCCACCGUCCUCAGUCCCAGACAGGCCUAUCGCACCCUCCAUCACACAAUAUCACCACCCAUCCGACUUCCAGGACCAUUCGAUUCGACCCUCGGGGGACAUGUGCCUCGCACCAUCGCAUCCCACGCCUUCUUUCUCGUGAUGGGUCCGUCGUCACUACACGAGGUCGCCGACCGCCUGGCCGAUCGGAAACAGGAACAAACCUUCAUCCUCACAGCCCAAUAUGUCUCAGGAAGAUUCACCCUCCAACGAACAUGUGCAAAAACCGGCACGAACUCCUUCAUCCCUCUGUCUUUCCACGUGAAAUACGUCUCUCACUUGCAGCAUGCUGAAAAGGUGGCCCGCUCCUCUAUUGGAUCAGAGAAGCAGGACGUGAAAAGACAAGACCGCCUCCCGCGCCAACAAAUCAGACGAAACAUGACAGGCAUUCUCAGCCAGUCAGACAGAGGCUCCCCCAGCUGCGACCAAGACACAGCGAGUAGGAACUCGUCUACGGGAGAUUUUUCUCGGCCAGAUGCCGCAUCAUGA